CAGACACACACUCCACAGCAGCUCAGACUGUGCGAGCAGCAGCCCAGACCCUUCCCCACCAUGAGAUCCCUCAUGCGGACCCUCGCUGUGCUCUCAGCCCUCCUGGCGCUCGCUGGCGCCCAGCCCGCCUUCUUGGAGUACAUCGAGAGGAGACUGGCAUCAUUUGAGGACCGUAUCACUGUGUGGAAUGAUCAGACGCAAAGAUACGCCACAGAGUACCGGGACUUCAAGAACCGCAUCAUCAGCAUGGUGGAGAACAUAGACAAGCAGCGGGAGGAGCAGAGGCGUCUGCUGGAGAUAUCGAAUUCCCGCAUCGAGCGCCUGGAGCGGGAGUUGGAUUACAUGGAGACACGGAACCCGAUACCCACCUGCAUUGAGAUGGAUGACAAGCUGAUUGAGCAGCAGUUCACUCGAGGUCAGGAUAAGAAGCCCAAGCAAGUCAAAGCCAUAGACUGCGUACAUGCCAUCGGGAGCAUCAGGGCCAUGAAGAUCGUGAAGAAGCUGGACACUCCGGCCGGCCUGUGGACAAGAGAUGUCCUGUCGGACUCGGACAAGCUGUACGUGUUCGACGGCACCGGUAACGACACGGUGUACGAGUUCGCCAACAUGCGGGACUUCACCGACUUCCCGGGGAUGGUGAGAGCCACGAAGCUCCGCCUGCCCCACCCCUGGGCCGGCACCGGCCACACUGUAUUCCAAGGCUUCCUCUACUACAUCCGCACUCAGCCCGACUUCCAGGUCAUCAAGUACCACCUGGCCAAUCGCACAGUGGUGGACAGCGCCAUGUUCCCGGCUGAGCAGCAGAUCCCAGUGUACGGCCUCUCGCCGUUCACCUACAUUGACCUGGCCGCGGACGAGGAUGGGUUGUGGGCGCUCUAUGCCACCCAGGAGAAUGCGGACCACAUCUGUCUGGCCAGGAUGGACCUCCAGACCCUGGACAUCGAGCAGAUGUGGGAUACGCCCUGCCCCAUCCAGGACGCCGAGGGGGCCUUCGUGAUCUGCGGCACGGUGUACGUGGUGUAUAACAGCAAACUGCGCAGCCGCUCCCGCAUCCAGUGCGUGUUCGAUGUGAGUGACCUGGUGACCAGUGAGAACGCUCCCCUGCUCUACUUCCCCCGGCGCUAUGGCACCCACUCCAGCAUCAAGUACAACUCCGGGGACCGGCACCUCUACGCCUGGGACGACGGUUACCAGAUCAUCUACCGGCUCAGCAUGAAGGACAAGUCUGAGCUGUGAAACACACACACACCCUCGCUGCAGCCCCCCUACCCACCCACAACUAUCUCUUCCCAACCACUGCUGCUCAAUCCCACCCCCAACUCCCUCCUCACCAACUCAAUCCCUAUUGUAUAUUCAUCCCCCUCUUCCUCACACGCACACACCAUCAGCAGACAAGCUUUCACUCACUUCCCCCAGGACAUGCUAUCUCAAUACUCAUGCCCCCGCCCACCUCCAUCCUCUCUGAAGAACUUUGAAGCCCUUAUCCUGUAUGACAGGUGCUGCAACCAGUGUGAGUCACACCAGUCUAUCUCACAGUCCUCGUCCUGGUCAGGCUCCGCUGGCUCCCUCUUCCAUCUUCCUCUUCGACCAUGCUUACAGUCA